AUGGCAUCCAUUGAUGAUUUUAUAUCUCCUGAGCUCUCCGGAGCCUCCGAGACUGAGGAUCUCGCGUCUUCCGGAAAAGAGGCUCCCCCUCCUAAAAAGGCUAAACUGGCAAAGGAAAAGAAGACGCCCACAAAGAGAGCCAAAAAGGUCAAAGAUGAUGACCACGAUGGCACUGAGGGUAGUACUCUGAAACAAAAAUCUCCAAAGAAAUUGCAAAGGAAGCCGAAGUCUCUUAAGUUUGUCUCCGGCGAGACUCCUUAUCCCGAUCUCAUCAAUCCUACCCCCCAAGAAUGUUACGAUGUGGCCGCUCUGUUGACUGCCGCUCAUGGCCCGGCUAACCAGCCAGAGGAGGUCCCAGAGCCUGAUAACGAGGUUUCGGGAUGCGGCGAGGUUCCGUCCGUUCUUGACGCUCUCAUCAGGACUUUGUUGUCUGCCAACACCACUAAUCUCAAUUCCUCGAGGGCUUUCAAGGGCCUCAUUGAUAGAUUUGGGUUGGUGACCGAUGAUCCCGUCGUGAUUUCUGAAGAUGCCCAAAUAUCCGAGCAUGAAGCCGGCCAGCAGAUAAUUGCAAAGGCUAAGAAAAUCGGUGUUGGUAGUGUCGAUUGGGACAAAGUCCGCCUGGCAAGCUUCGAGGAUCUUAGGGAUUCAAUUAAGCAAGGAGGUCUUGCAAACAUUAAGGCUAAGCACAUCAAGGAUGUUCUAGACGAUGUCUAUGCGGCUAGUCUGGUUAAGAUCCGAGCUGACCUCAAAGCUCAAGGUAUCGAAGUCGGCGAAGACGAAAAGCUCGAGGGUAACAUCUCGCUCGAGCAUUUGAAGGACUGUAGUGAUGAUGAAGCCAUGAAUACACUCAUGGCUUUCAACGGAGUUGGAGUAAAGACUGCGGCUUGCGUUUGUUUGUUCUGCUUACGCAGAUCAAAGUUCCCCGUCGAUACCCAUGUCUGGCGCAUCUCCAAGUUUCUUGGGUGGAUCCCCAAUAGCGCUGGCCGCGAAGAGGCCUACUAUCACCUCGAUGCUCGUAUCCCAGACAACCUCAAAUACUCACUGCAUAACCUUCUCAUUCGCCACGGCCGCAUGUGUGCUCACUGCAAGGCUGGCCCUGAGAAGGCCCCCGCCAAAACCCCUGCCAACCCCACCGUUAAGCGUACCAAAAAGAACAAGCCUGAAGUUAUUAACGCCGAUACUGAGAGCACUGAGAUUGAAGUCACCAAGCCUAAGAUGCGCACUAAGAAAGUUUGGAUUGGGACUGGAAUGAUGAAGGAGGUCAUCGUCGAGGUCCCUAUUACCGGUCUUGAGGGUGAAGAGGGCGGCGAGGACCAAGAGCUUGAAUCUUGUGUCUUGGAGAAUUUGCUCAACCGUGUUCGCAAGCCUAGAGUUCGUGCGGUCAAAACCGAGACUGAUGCCGCGGAUGAGAUUAAUACCGGCAACGAGGUUGAUUCCGGCAAUGAGGUGGGUGCCGAGCAUGAGGUUGAGGUUGAUGCUGGGUAUGAGAUUGACGCCGAGCAUGAAAUUGUGGAUGAGGGUGAGGAUGUAAAAAUGGAGGAAUAG